AUGAGAAGGUUAUUUCGAAAGAUUUUGAAUGUUUAUGGUUUGAUUCUUAGUGCAUUUAUUGCAGUUCCAGCACUUGCUUGGGGUCUGCUCGUCACUUUGAUUUCUAAGUAUUCUGACUUUAAUUUGGGUUGCUUGAGUGAUGAUAUUUCUCCUAAAUAUUUCAAUGAUAAAGUAGUUUGGAUUACAGGAGCGUCUUCAGGUAUUGGUAAGGCUUUAGCCUUGGGAUUAGCAAAGCUUUCAAAUGAAAGUAAUAUUACACUGUCUUUAAUCCUAACAAGUAGGAAUAUUCAUCAGCUCAACCAAAUAAAGAACGAGAUGGUUGAGAAGUUCAAAUUCCCGGAAAGUAAUAUUCUAGUCUUAGAUUUUGAUCUUGGUGACUUAGAUGUCAUUGAUUCAAAAGUUGAUGAGGCUAAGAAUUGGAAGGGGCAGAUUGAUAUAUUAUAUAACAAUGCAGGAAUUGGCCAAAGAGCAAUCAUAGGUAGCUUUGAGUCUGAUGAGAAAGUUAUGAUGAUCAACUCUUUAGGUAGCAUGAAAAUUUCUAAGCAAGUCCUCUCUAAAUGUUUUAUUCCACAAAGAUCAGGGCAUUUAAUAAACACUCUUAGCAUUCAGUCUUAUGUAGUAUUACCUGGUAGAUGUGCAUAUGGAGCAAGCAAAAGAGCUUGUCUUUCAUUUUUCCAAGCAUUGAGAAAAGAACUUAAUUACACUAAUUGGGAUGAAUAUUUGGAGUACAACUAUUCCGAUGACAAGAAGGAAAACGUUUCUUCGGCAAUUUGUCUCGAUAGCCCCAACAUAGUUAUCACCAAUAUUUAUCCAGGGCACGUUCAAACUGAUUUCGACUCUAGAAAUGUCCUAUAUGACGGAUCUUUAAAUACUGGAGCUCACAAAUUGAAAGGAAUGACAUCAGAAAAAUGUUCAGAUUUGAUGAUUAAAGCAACUACAAAUCUCUUAGAUGAAGCUUGGAUUGCAAAAGGCCAUGAACUUUUAUUUUUCUAUCUCAUAUACUAUACUCCAAGUGUUGCAGAAGCAAUACAAAGUUUAUUAGACAAAAGAUUUACAGAUAAAAUAUGGGAACUUCAAAAAUCUCAUUUGAAGAAAUCUAGCUAA